AUGACGCGCAUCGCAUCUCUCGCUCUCCUAUCCGUCGCGGCCCUUCCCGGCGCCAUGGCCUGGGGCGCCAUGGGCCAUGAGACAGUCGCCUAUGUCGCGAGCAACUACGUCAGCGCAUCCACCAAGUCCUUCUUCCAGGACCUGCUGGGCGAUACUUCAGCGGACUACCUAGCCGGCGUAGCCUCCUGGGCCGACAGCUACCGGUACACGAGCGCGGGCAAGUUCUCGGCGUCGUUCCACUAUAUCGACGCCAAUGAUGACCCGCCGUCUAGCUGUGGUGUUGACUUGGAUCGCGACUGCGGUACCGAGGGCUGCAUCGUGCGCGCUCUCCAGAAUUACACGACUAUUCUGAUCGGCCAGAAGGCGACCGAUGCUAAUUUGCAGAUUGCGGCUAAGAUGAUCAUCCACUUCGUCGGCGAUAUAGGACAACCUUUGCAUUGCGAGGCUUUAGAAAUCGGCGGCAACGAUAUCGAUGUGCAAUACGACGGCGACGACACAAAUUUGCACGCGGCUUGGGACAGCAACAUCCCUGAGUCUAUUUCUGGCGGGUCCUCGCAGUCGUCGGCGAAGUCGUGGGCCUCGGAUUUGAUAAAGGAAAUUGACUCCGGCUCCUACAAAUCCCAAGCAGCAAGCUGGGUCAGCGGCCUCAGCGUCGCUUCGGCAGACAAGCAGACGUCGACGGCGCUAAAAUGGGCUACGGAGAGCAACGCAUACGUGUGCUCGACGGUACUGGCGGACGGCGUAAGCGCGGUCGAGAAUAAGGACUUGAGCGGGCAGUACACGACGACCGCGCAGCCAGUCGUCGAUCUGCAGAUAGCGAAGCAGGGGUACCGGCUCGCGAAGUGGCUGGACGCUAUCGUCGCUGCAAUUUGA